AUGUCUGGUCAGCAACAGAAAGAUGAUGGACAGCGCAAGAAAUCUAUUGUAGAUUUAUCGAGAUUCAUAGAUAAACGGGUCAGAGUCAAAUUCCAAGGAGGAAGAGAAGCUGCUGGGAUUUUGAAAGGAUACGAUGCUCUCUUGAACCUUGUACUUGAUGAUACCAACGAGUAUUUGAGAGACCCUGAAAAUCCAAGUUGUGUGAGCGAGGAAACAAGGUCUCUUGGACUUAUCGUGGCCAGAGGCACAGCAGUUACAGUGGUGGCACCUUCUGACGGCAUGGAACAAAUUGAUAAUCCUUUUGCUAAUGCCGAGGAAUAG